CGGCGCGCCGGUGGCGGGGGAGCCGCGCCGCCUCUUCGCAGCCCGGAGACGCCCCCGCCGAGCAAUACUCUAGGCUGAAGAAGGGAGCAAAGAUUUCUUCCCAGUGAUGCCAGGCACCUGUGAGCCUGCGAGUCGGGCCGGUGGGCCGAUCACCUUGAAUGUUGGCGGUAAAUUCUACAGCACGACUUUUGAGACCCUGACGCGGUUUCCGGACUCUAUGCUGGGCGCCAUGUUUCGCGGCCCUCGCCCGGCCCUUACUGAUAGCAGCGGGAACUAUUUCAUAGACCGCGACGGCAAGACGUUCCGCCACAUCCUCAACUUCCUUCGCUUUGGCCGGCUGGACCUGCCAGAGGGGUACACUGAGCUCUCUCUCUUGCGUGUAGAGGCGGAUUUCUAUCAGAUCCGCCCGCUUCUCGAAGCGCUGCACCACGUGGAAGCCGAGCGCCGCCGCCAGAGAGCCAAUGCGGUGCUCCAUGCCGAUGUGGACUUGCGUGAACGGUUGCUGCACUUCAAUGUACGCCGCAGACCACAAAACUAUGAACUCUGCACAUGCUCCCUUCAGAUCUUCACAGCCAAUGUCUUCUGCACUGACCAACACUUUCUUGCCAUGUUGCGAAGACGCCUGGGCCAAUUGGAUCACACCAACGGAGAGCUUGAAGAGGGCUGUUAUGAAAGGUGGGUUGACCACUCCAAAGGGGAGACGGAAUCUCAGGGCUUCCUCGGCCAGCCAGAUGAUUCCGAUCGUACAGCGAGAGAAUCUCGAAAUGGUGUGAGUUGGAAUUCCAUGACUGCCAGCAGAGAAUCCAGAAGCUGGAAAAGACAAGGAGACGGUUUCAGGACCAAUGGCGAACGGAGAAUUUGCCCGUACGAUUCUGCUGAUGAGGAUGUGGAAAUGGCUGAUGAGGGACCGGACAACUCUUUGGGACUGUCCCAGCCCGGAACGAAAGCGUGCCACCAUCUCUGCUUGGAGUGGGCUCCCCGCCCAAACGAGCUGCCACCAGCAGAAAUCAGCCUCUGUCUCCGGGGCCCUUGCUUUUGCGGUGAAGCAGCUGGGCUUGGUCUCUGGGUCCCCCCACCUGGCCGUCCCGCCUCCCGCUGUUGCCUGAGUGACCAGGAUUCCAGCAGUGAAGACCCCUGCCCCGGGCGGUGGAGCUGACUGCACGGGAGUCCGGGCAGAUGGAUGUGUGCCAAGGGCAGCGGCUGAGGACAGGGGAGAAGCCCCCUGCUGUCACAAAGGGGCCGGAGUGUGUCUGUGGGCCUGUCCUUGGGGGCUGACUACUUGAAGGUCGUUCAUUGACUUUCAUAGGUCUGCUCUAGAGUAAUUAUCCUGUAGGCGGCAUCUUGGGAGUUGGUUUAACCGCCCUGUGGCUUUGAACGAAGUGACCCUAAGAACUGCAUUGCUGGAAGACUGGGUGGGACCUCCGAACGUUUCUGGGCUUUGUGCACAACUACAAUGGGGAAGAUUUCUUCCCAGUUCGGAGGUGGGGGGGGGGGGGAGCUGAUGAUUA